GAAGCUUCAAGUGCCUUCGGCGUGAAGGUGCAACGUCUAUGUAUUGCUGUGUCCCGUUAUGUGACACAUCCUCAAGGUUUAAUUCGGUGGUUAGUUUCCAUACUUUCCCUUUGGACAAGGAAACAAGUAAAAAAUGGAUUCACUAUAUCCGACGUGAGGAUUUUAAUAUCACUCCUAACACAAGAGUCUGCAGUCGUCACUUCAAGAGUGAUGAUUUGAUCGAGCCAUCGACUCCCACAGAACGCCGGCUACUGAAGAAAGGUGCAGUGCCCACUUUGUUUGAGUGGAACAACUACUCCACUUCUGCACCAAGGCGCACCGGGGCAUGGCAGAGGAGAGAAGUUUCCCCUCCACUGAACGAAGAUCCUGUGCCUGUGGACCUCCAGCAUGAGGAGCAUGAUUAUUGUUCCUUUCCCGUUCCUGCGGCUGUCGAUCUUUCUUUAGAUCAGACUGAAGAUCUCCGAAAGGAAGUGGAACAACUGAGGAAACAGGUGGAAGAACUGUCUGUCCGUCACAGAUUUUGCUUGGGCAGAUUUGCUGCAUCAGACGAUGACAUACGGUUCUACACUAGGUUUGUGACGUACAAUCACUUGAUGGCGUUCUGGAGACUCAUUGAACCUGCAUCCCACAACAUGGUUCGUGUGACCAGAGCAAGGGCAGCUACAACUAGGAGUGAAGGUGGAGCAUCAGGCAAUGCAUCUGGUGAAACAACACAAGUUGUUUGAUACAGUCAUCCCUCUUUCCAUCACAGGGAGCAUCAACCAGCUAUACACUGUUGCUUGCCUCCUUGUGAACUACCAGAAUGGCCCCUUGGUAAAAGCAUGGGCAAAGGAUUAAAGACUAGACAAGACACUUGCUGUAGGGGACAGAACAAUUUGAAUUUAUUUGUAGAGAAUAUAAAUAUGUUGAUUAAAUGUAAACAAUUUUAAUAAUGUGUCUGUAAAUAAAUAACUUUGAUACAGCAUUUCUGUAAACAUGUAAAUAUAAAUAACUUUGAUAGUGUUUCUGAAAAUGUGUAAAUAAAUAACUUUUUUACAAUGUAAAUCAACUUGAAUUUCUUUUUUUUUUCUUUUACAUUUUUAAGGAUCUUGGCAGGUAGAAAUAAAAAAAGAAAUGGUCAGCCCUCUCUCUAAUAGUUUUAAACAUUCUACAGUCUUUGUAGAUGCGCUGGAUCAUCAUGUCAUCCUGUGCGUACACAACAAAAUCACACCAGUCCAAUCCCGAGAUCAGCAUCUGACCUUGCACUUGCCAGGAAUAAGCAUGCUGUUGUUUUAGCUCUGGUGUGCCAUUCUGCAGCUUCAGAUGGUGGAAGCCCUGUGCAUCAAGCCAACUCUCACAGGUGAAGAAUCUGGUAUGAUUUAUACCACAUGGCUGCAUGAAGAAGAGGAUGACAGCAUAGAUGAUUCAAGUGACAUUAAAAAGCCACGGAAAAUCGAAAGGGAUACUACAACAAAGCCAACUGUGCGCCUUGCAUCAGCUAAUGUGUCAAUACGCAACAGCAUAGAUAUUAUUGACACGUUUGACAGAUCUGCAGAUGCCAAUGCAGAAGGCACUUAUGCUCGAAGUGGAACAAAUGCUGUAAGUCCUGAAGAUGAACCAGGAAAGAGGAUUCCCAAAGCUGGAGCCUUCGCAGAAGCAGGAGUUGGACGAGCUCGUGCUGAAUACAGCGUAUUUGAGGCAGAAGCUAAAGGUCCAAACGCCUCGGCUGGUGCUGAAGCCAGUGUGGUUGGAGCUGGAGCAAUGGCUCGGGCUGAACUUGCCAGUGUUUCAGCUAAAGCCGGUCCAGUCAGUGCAAAAUUGGGACUUGGAUUUGACACGGGUGCAUCUGUUGGUGUGGAUGGGUUGGAGACCAAACUACUGGGAACUGGAAUCUCAAUUGGUCCAAAAACCAUUGUAUCUCUUCUGGGUUCAGAAGUGUCAUGUUCAGUCAUGUAAUCAUGCAGAUGGUGGAAGCCCUGUGCAUCAAGCCAACUCUCACAGGUGAGCGUAAACUCACACAUACAGAGAUGACUGUAAGGGGUCCAGUGUGGUUUCUGGGUGACAAUUAACUCCUAGGUAUUCUAAACCACAGAGACCCUUCACAUUUACCCUGGCCCAUUGAUUCUACAAUAAUGCAUGCCAGACUUGCUCCUGAAACUCAAUUUAAAUGUUUGGCCUCUUACAUCUUCUGUGAAAAUAAACACUCCUCUUGGGUACAGUAUUAUUUCCUGUUACACAGCUACGCAAAUAAAUAAAUAUGUUUAGAUUUGAGUUGAAAUUAUGUUAAUUUACUUGCAUAUUAUCUAAAAGCUUCCACUAAGAAAAAAUUGUCCAUUACAGUGUGCUAAACAGUGUAACACCAACUGUGAAAUCUCUGUC